CCCGCGCCUCAAACACUUGCCGCGAUCGCUGGCGCGCAGCGUCGCCCCGCGUUGCGCGCUCGUUUCCCCUUCCUCCGGCUCCGCGGCUCCCGCGCUCUAGGACAGUCUCCAGUGCCCAGCGCGGACCGACGCACUGACGGACCGUCCAGGGAGCCUCGGCCCGCGCCCCCUGCGCAGGCUAUGUGGAUUGCCCCGCCGGGCCCGGCUGGCGGGAUCAGCACAGCCCGGCCCGCGGCACCCGCCACCAGCGGGGACUAUGACCCGGAAAGCGCGGCGCUGCCUGGGCCACCUCUUUCUCAGCCUGGGCAUAGUCUAUCUCCGGAUCGGUGACUUCUCUUCGGUUGUGGCUCUGGGUGCGAGCAUCAUCUGUAACAAGAUCCCAGGCCUGGCUCCCAGACAGCGGGCAAUCUGCCAGAGUCGGCCGGACGCCAUCAUCGUCAUAGGAGAAGGCUCCCAAAUGGGCCUGGACGAGUGUCAGUUUCAGUUCCGCAAUGGCCGUUGGAACUGUUCAGCGCUGGGAGAGCGCACUGUCUUCGGGAAGGAGCUCAAAGUGGGGAGUCGGGAGGCCGCCUUCACCUAUGCAAUUAUUGCUGCGGGUGUGGCCCAUGCCAUCACCGCUGCCUGCACCCAAGGCAACCUGAGUGACUGUGGCUGCGACAAGGAGAAGCAAGGCCAGUACCACCGGGACGAGGGCUGGAAGUGGGGUGGCUGCUCUGCCGACAUCCGCUACGGCAUCGGCUUCGCCAAGGUCUUCGUGGAUGCCCGAGAGAUCAAGCAGAAUGCCCGAACCCUCAUGAACUUACACAAUAACGAGGCAGGCCGGAAGAUCCUGGAGGAGAACAUGAAACUGGAGUGUAAGUGCCAUGGCGUGUCAGGAUCCUGUACCACUAAGACGUGCUGGACCACACUGCCACAAUUCCGAGAGCUAGGCUACGUGCUCAAGGACAAAUACAACGAGGCCGUCCAUGUGGAACCUGUCCGUGCCAGUCGGAACAAGCGGCCCACCUUUCUGAAGAUCAAGAAGCCCCUGUCCUACCGUAAGCCCAUGGACACUGAUCUGGUGUACAUCGAGAAGUCACCCAAUUACUGUGAAGAGGACCCAGUGACAGGCAGCGUGGGCACACAGGGCCGUGCCUGCAAUAAGACAGCCCCUCAGGCUAGUGGCUGUGACCUCAUGUGCUGCGGCCGUGGCUACAACACACACCAGUAUGCCCGGGUGUGGCAGUGCAACUGCAAAUUCCACUGGUGCUGCUACGUCAAGUGUAACACAUGCAGCGAGCGCACAGAGAUGUAUACGUGCAAGUGAAUGAGGUCACAGGUCAGAUCACAGGCAGGAUACCGUCUCCCUGAAGGCCACUGCCAGGAGACCCACAGGGAACCACAGAAGCACUGUCCUCCCUGCAGGCCCCUGCCUGGAUACUCACAGGGAACCACAGAAGCACUGUCCUUGUCUUUUCUGCUGAGGGGGAAGGGUAUUCUGGGUUUCCCACAGACUCCUGUGGGAAGCAUCUCUCAGAGGCCCACCCGUUCUACUCCACACAGAUGCUGCUCAGCCACCUUCCCCCAGACACCGCCCGAGUCCCUCCAUGGCUGGAACAAAGUUUUCUACAGCAGGAGCUCUGGAGCCUCGGGCCUCGUCAUAGCAAUAUUUAACAGUUUAUUCUGAUAAGAAAUAAUAUUAAUUUAUUUAAUUAAAGAGAAUUCUUCCACCUCGUCGGGAUCCGUUUUCUGCAAUCAAAGUGGACUGCUUGAGGUCCUGGUGGGAUGACUUGCUAGGACUGGGAGCUGAGAACAGCUGUACAUAAUUAUUCUUCAUGCAGAUGGUUCUUCUAGUUGAUUUUGCCUUCCGCAGUGCUGGGUGUUAAGUACAAAGAGAAGACGGUCUUUAUACACAUAUAGAUAUAUAUGCAUACACAUUUGUAUUUUUUUUGUUUUUGUUUUUGCUGUUUGCUGCUACCUAUCCAGAAUCUAAGCUGGUCCAGAUCUGGAAUUGUUUCUCUCCAGGACAUGCCCCUAUCCUUUUGCCCUCCAGUUCAAACCUCGCCAUUAGAAAAGUUCCAUUGGGCAUGGUGUGAAUCACAAAUUCCCAGCAAUUCCCAUCCCGGAAAGUGAACCACUGGAUAAGAGGCUUUCUAAGAGACUAUUUUUCUAUGAAUAUUUUAUUUAUAUGGAGUCUGCCUGUGUUGCCCCAUGGCCCAUGCCUCUUCUUAACACUGGUACUCACUCAGGGGCAGGAGGACAAGGCCAGGUGUGUGCGCAGGUCCCCUGGAGUCUGGAGUUCCAUUUGCCAAGGGGCCACAGCAGUUACCAGAUGCCUGGGCUGGGGUAUCGUCUGUGUUAAAUGAGAGGGAAUCUUCCCCUGGCUUUAGCCUGCUGAGCUCAGGUCUUGGAAUGGGGUCACUGGAUGGUUAUCUUGGGAGGUGACCUCAGGACGAGCUACAGUGGCGGAUCAGUCAGUGUCUUGCACGUUUUGAACAGGCAGAGGCCAGCUCCGGGAUGCCAAUGUCCCAUCAGGACAGCCCAGGCACUGCCUAUAGGUGAGCUGUAGUCCUAAGAGAAGGGGUCAGAAAGGAGGGGGCAGGAGGAAGCCAAGGAUUGUUGGCCAACCUCAGUGAAAGCAUGGGCGUGAUCCCUCUGCAGCAGAGACCCUGCUCCACCUGCACCUCUCAACCAGGAAACCCCUUCAGGAGGCUGCGAAUAUUUUUAUGUGUGUCCACAUGCAUUUCUACCCAUGUGCAUGUAAGCACACGCACACACUCCUGUGCCAGCACUUUGAGGCACCUCCAGAGUGCUCACAUGUGCAUGUGCUUGCGUGUAACUCUCUGCACUUGGGAGAUCAGAUCAUGCGUGUGGAGCUGUGUGCCUGAGCAUUUGUGGUCCCAGGGGGUCUUUCCAGGUAUCUGCAUUUGUGGGUGGGGUGCAAGGUAGACAGCAGGGAACUAAUUUGAUUGCGUUGAGCCGCAAAGAGACUGCAACUUCUGAACUCUGUCUCCACAGCUGCUGGAGAAACUCAGAUGCCUGUGACACCACAACCCUGAGCCUCGUGGCCUGCGUGCUGGGAGCCCCUCAGUGCCUAGGUCAUGUCCAGUCUCCCACCUGGGUCACAGCAGGACAAAUAAACACGACUGUAUGGCUGAUUCCUUCCCUUGA